AUGAUCCAAGAUAAGCAUAAUGUGGCUAAAGAUGAAAUGAGAAAGGAGAAUAUCAACUUCUUCACAGAUAAUAAAGUAGAAUCUGGAACAGAGAAAAUUGAUCCCAAAACUGAUAGAUUCAUCCAGUCACUGAGACACAAGGUGAAGACUGGUUUGGUGGGAGGAUCUGACUACUCCAAGAUUGCAGAACAGCUGGGAGAUGAUAAUGAUGUAAUCAACAAAUAUGAUUAUGUGUUUGCGGAAAAUGGGACAGUGCAAUACAAGGAUGGAAAACUUCUUUCAAAACAGGCAAUCCAGAACCAGUUGGGGGAGGAUCUACUGCAGGACCUGAUCAAUUUUUGCCUCAGCUACAUUGCUUUACUUAAAUUGCCCAAGAAAAGGGGUACAUUCAUAGAAUUCAGAAAUGGAACACUAAAUAUUUCUCCCAUUGGUCGAAGCUGCACUCAAGAAGAAAGAGUAGAAUUCUCAGAAAUUGAUAAGAAAGAGAAGAUCAGGGAAAAGUUUGUUGCUGCUCUCCAAAGGGAAUUUGAAGGAAAGGGCAUUCGGUUUACAAAAGGAUAG